AUGGGGAAGGCAUUUGUUGCCAAGCGGGAACGGUAUGAGACCGUUAUCAAGGGGUCAAGUGAGCGGGGCGGUUACAACGGAGGGGUAAGGCGUGAAGCGGGGUCCGACGCGAGGACGUGCUAUGCUUGCGGAGAGAAGGGCCACGUCCGGGCUCAUUGCCGGAAGCGGAACGCGGAGUGCUUCAAUUGUGGAGAGAGGGGCCACAUAAGCUCGGUGUGUAGAAAGCCCCGGGGUGGUGCAAAGAGCGGCGGCGAGGACCGCCCGGACCGGAAGGAGUUUGCCGCUGUGGCGUUUACGGCAUGGCGCAAAGAGGCGCGGGUGCCGGCAGAUGUGUGGCUCGUUGACUCGGGAAGCACUCAACACAUUACGCCGGAUAAGAGGCACUUUGCAAGCUACGAGCGGCUUGCGCGUGCGGAGAAGAUUGAGGGGCUUGGAGGAGAAGCCUUGACGGCGGUGGGGAUUGGGAAAGUGAUCUUGGAGUGUGAGACGCCAAACGGAGCGGGCAAGGUGACCUUGAACGAGGUUUGGCACGUUCCGGGAGCGAGAGCAAACUUGUUCGCAAUGCGGCGAGCAACGGACGCGGGCGCAAGGAUCUCCUUUGAAAGGGGGAUUGCCCGAUUUGAGAUGGGAGGUGUGGUGAGCAUGGAGGCGGUGCAACGCGGUGGAUUGUGGGAGAUUGCAACGGUUAAGAAGGCGAGAGCGUUCUUGGCGGUCAAGGGGCCGGUCAAAACGGAGCGUCGGUUCGGGGAGGUGGCACCAAAGCCGGAAGUGAGAGUGGAAAAGAAGCAAGCGGAGGUGAGGCCGGUCAAGGUCAUUGAGGUUGACCCUGAGUCGGACGACGAAUCGGACGACGGGGUGAAGGAGAUCCAACCGGUGGAUGUGAGCGUCGGGGAAACGGAGUCCCCAACGGAGAAGAAGACGGAGAAGCACGGCGCAAUGGGAGCCGUGGGAGCGGCAGUGGAAGCCGUGGGAGCAAGCGCAGCGGAAGGCGUGGGAGCACGGUUCAACCGGAAGUUGGACAAGGAUGAGAGCGGAAAGAUCAAGCCCAAAUAG